AUGUCAUUAAUGAUUGAUGAGAGCACAACAAUUAGUCAGUUAUCAUCUUUAAUAAUUUAUUUACGAACCAAAGUGCCUGGCAUGACAGAGACCACAUAUAUUUUCAUUGAUAUAGUUGAGCUGAAAAGUCUUACUGCUGAAGCUGCAAAAGAUUAUCAAAGCAGGGAAUUAACUGACAGAGGUAUAUACAGUGGUUUAUUAAAGUGUAUUACCAAAGUUGACUUCAUUCUCAACUUGACUCUAAUGUUCGAUACUCUUCAAGAAUUAUCAGAAUUAAAUCUUGAGCUACAGUCAAGAGACAUCACACUGUAUUCUGCCCAACAGAAGAUCAGAAAUCAGCUGUUGGUGUCUGAAGAAAGAAAACUGAGCUGUGGUCCUCAUUACUAUGAAGCUCUCAAAGCAGUCCAAGAGCUGAACUUCAGAGGAAUUCCACUGGAAAAGGGGGCAACUGUCAGACAUCUUGAGCGCAGCAUAUUUUACGAUUGUCUGAAACAGCGGAUGGAGAAUCGUCUUCUGCAGACAGAGGACAUUGCUAUCUCUGAAUGUGCGAAAGUUUUGGACUCACCAAAUUGGCCUGAGAAUCCUGAAAUAACAUAUGGUGAAACAAAUAUCAAAACUUUAUGUUGUCGUUUUGCUCUUCCACAGAGGCAAAUAUGUGGAGGAUUUCGGGAGUGUUUGAUGGAGAAGAAAAUUCCAGCAUCCCUCCUUCCUUUUCAGAGUGCGCUGAAAUGUGUUCCUAUAUCAACGAGUGAAUGUGAACGUGGGUUUUACCAAAUGAAUCUGAUAGUCUCAACAACAAGAGCUUCAUUUCAUCUUUCCACAGUCAGCAAUCUGAUGUUCAUACAGUUGGUUGGUCCUCCACUGAUGUUGUUCCAGCCCAUGGACUAUGUACGCUCUUGGUUCAUGAAAGGCAGACGUCUUGCUACUGACAGCAAGAGUAAAGUAAGAAGGCGUCAAGACUACAGCAGCCAUGAACUGAAGUCAGUUUGGAAACUGUUGUAA